GUUUGAGCUGACAACAUGAGGUGCUUAGCUGUCCUAGUUUUGGUCGCGGUUGCGCGGGGCAUGCCCACCGCGGAAAAGGAAGAUCAGGGGAUCGUUGGGAGUGUUAUGGGUGUGGUGAAGGAGUGUUCCGAAGGCGAUGUGUCUUUGUGUUUGAAGGAGAAGGCAUUAAAGUAUGUGGAGACGUUAUCGUCAGCGCGGGAGUUGAGUCUGACUGACGGAGUGACCUUAGUCGGGAACGGGUCUCCGAGGUCUGCUCGUGCCCUGGAUCCUCUGCCUGAGGAGCCUCGAGCCAGGGAAGCGCUCGUGGAGUCCCGGCUGGUGGACUCUGCUGCUGAUCUGUUGGAGAACCAUGUCAUCCAGUUUAAGCUGCCGUCCUUCGCUGUCGAGGGCAUGAGGAGGUCGCUCGAAGAAGCUCGUGGCAAAAAGAAGAAGAUCAAGCAGCUUCUGCCCCUUCUAGCUCUCGCUAAGUUGAAGAUCACCGCUCUCAUCCCCCUGUUCCUUGCCAUCAUCGCCUUCGCAGCCACCAAAGCCCUGCUCCUCGCCAAGGUGUCCCUCCUCGUCGCCGGUAUCCUCGCCCUGAAGAAGCUUCUGGCCAGCAAGCACCAUGAGACCAGCUAUGAAGUCGUGGCCCACCCUCAUCAUGAUGAACAUUACGCCAGCAGCGGACAUGGCUGGGGACGAUCCAUCGAUGACGCCCAGAACCUCGCCUACGGCGCUCACGUCAAGUCUGAUCCCCCUUUCCAAAAAUCUCGCAAAUCCGUGUUAAUACGUUUUAAUGCUCAAAACUUUGACUAUUUACAUUUCGUCAUACGUCCCACUCGGGGCGUGACAUAUGAGCGAAGGAGGGGGCCGCAAAAUAAAACUGACGAGUGCCAAGCAUUUCCUAACAAUUGUACAUUCGCCGUAGAGAUGAAAGCGUUCGUGGCAUUCGUGGCAUUCGUGGCCGUGGCCCAUGGCCUGCCCAUGGUCAAGGAGGAGAGUUUCAUGGACAAAUUCAUGGCCAACCUGAGGGAGUGCGUGGAAUCCGACACCGCGCUGUGUUUGAAGGAGAAGGCAAUGAAAUAUACAGAAAACUUGGCUGUCUCCAAGGAACUCAGCGUCGCUGAUGGAAUCAUGACCUUCUCAAGGACCGGUAGCCCCAGGUCUGCCCGAAGCUACGAGCCUUUACCUGAUGACUCCAAGGCCAGGGAGACGGCGGUGGAAGACAGGAUCCUGGACAACGUUGUAGAUUUCUUGGACGGCCAUGUCCUGACGCUGAGGAUGCCUAAGUCCUUCACUGAAGACAACUCGGUUGAAGAGGAAGGCCGUGGCAAGAAGAAGAAGAAGCUGAAGAAGCUCCUCCCCAUCCUGGCCCUCAUCAAGCUGAAGCUCGCUGCCCUCGUCCCCCUGUUCCUCGGCAUCAUCGCCUUCGCCGUCUUCAAGGCUUACCUCCUCGGCAAGAUCGCCUUCAUCGCCGCCGCCUUCGGUGCCCUCAAGAAACUCCUCGAAUCUAAGAAGUCCAGCGGCUGGUCUGAACCUGCUCAUGAAGAGCACGGUUGGGAAAACAGUGGCGGCGGCGGCGGUUGGGGCAGAUCACAAGAUGCACAAAACUUAGCCUACGGCGCUCACGCCAAACAGCUAUAGAUUUAUUAAAUUAUUUAUUUAAUUUAUUGAGAGAUGAAUGAGCGAAUUUAUAUUAUCUUGUAUAUGUGUAUCAUAUUGAUUUAACCACCGUAAUACUUGUAUUCUAUUAUUUGAUGUGUGCCUGUGAUUUGCGUGAAAGUUACACACCAGUAUUUUAUAUAUGUUUAAUUUUGAUUGCACUAUAAGUGAUGACUGAUUUAUUUUAGUCUUUCCUUAUUUUUAUUUUUUAGUUUAAUUAUUAUAUUUACGUACAUUUAUGGCCUUCUUUUAAAGGAGGAGAGUGACAUCUAGUAUAUUUUUCACCAAAUAUUUUAAGUUUUUAUUUCCAAAGAUAUUUUUAUUUGUUUAGUUAUUAUUUUUUAUUAUUUUAUUGUGUACUUUUAGGCGUGAAUGAAAGCGGUGUAUUUAUUACCGAACGAGCUAUUUAUUAAACGUUAAUUUAUAAGCUUGUAUAGUAUGAAGUGUUGUCGAAUAAUCGAAUUUGAAAUGUAUUUACGAUGGAUCCACGUAAAACGAAACAAUAAAUUAUUUUACAAAAA